AUGCCGCCCCACCUCACCCAAACUCAUCCCGACGUGCUGAGCGUGCCGCUGGAUGAGAUCAUCACGCCGGGCGCGACCAUACGCGUCCCGGGCGAGGGCCUGCCGCGCCCCGGCGGCGCGGGCGCGAAGGGCGACCUGGUGCUGGAGUUUGACCUGCUGUUCCCCUCAAACCUGACACUGCAGCAGAAGCUGCUGCUGAAGGGCGCCCUGUUCCUGCCGCCCAAGCUCGACGCGGUGCAGGCCAAGGCGUUGAGGACGUUUGAGGCGGCGUUCCGGGACAGCCAGCACGGCUGGAGCACGGGCGUGCUGCCCGGGGAGGAAGGAGGCCACUAG